AGUCCUAAAGGGCCGGCUUAGCAUCGUUAGUCAUCUGAAAAAGGAAACCCCCCUCUCUUAUCCCCUUUUUCAGCCCCUCCCAAACUACUUGUCCAAAAAUGUUGAGACUCAGACCCAGGCUAACGCCAAUGCUCUCGCUUCCUUCCUCUCAUUUCCUUCACUCCUACAUCCCAAACCCACGUUUUAUUUCCUCUGCUUCACUUCCCCAAACUCUCCUAACAUCUUCUUCUUCUUCUUCUUCUUCUCUUCCUCCUAAACCUGUUUCUUCACUCAACAAUGCUGCAACUUUCAAUAGUUUUAAUCUCGACCCUCGCUUUCUCUCUUGCUGUAUGCCCGAUAAACGCCUUAAAGUGGCGGUUCUCCUUAGUGGUGGCGUUGAUAGCAGCGUUGCUCUUCGUCUCCUCCAUGCCGCUGGUCACUACUGCACUGCUUUCUAUCUCAAAAUAUGGUUCCAAGAAGACUUUGAGAACUAUUGGACAGAAUGCCCCUGGGAAGAAGAUAUGAAGUAUGCAAGGGCUGUUUGUGAUCAGGUUGAUGUGCCUUUAGAAGUUGUGCAUUUGACCGAUGAAUAUUGGAACAAUGUGGUUUCCUUCAUUAUUGAGGAGUACCGAUGUGGCCGUACUCCAAAUCCGGAUGUUCUUUGCAAUACAAGAAUAAAAUUUGGUGCAUUCAUGGAUGCCAUCAACAAGAUAGAUUAUGACUAUAUUGCUUCUGGGCAUUAUGCCAAUGUUGUUCACCCAUCUGCUGAUCAAAGCAAUAAGCCUUCUAUCUUAGAACUAUCAAAGGACAUGGUCAAGGAUCAAACAUACUUUCUUUCACAUCUCUCUCAAUUCCAGCUUAAACGACUUAUUUUCCCACUUGGAUGUCUCCCAAAGGAUGAAGUUCGCCAACUGGCAGCUAAAUUUGACCUGCCUAACAAAGGUAGGAAGGAUUCACAAGGAAUUUGCUUUCUUGGGAAGAUAAGGUUUAGUGAUUUUGUUGCAAGACAUAUUGGAGAGAUGGAAGGAAUCAUAUUAGAAGCUGAGACAGGAGACUUCCUUGGGAAACAUCGAGGGUUCUGGUUCUACACAAUUGGUCAACGUCAAGGCCUACGUCUCCCUGGAGGACCUUGGUAUGUUGUUGAGAAGGAUGUCAUAAAUAAUGUAGUAUUUGUGUCAAGAAAUUAUUUCUCAUUUGACAAAAGAAGGCGCCUGUUUCGUGUUGGCUCCUUGAAGUGGUUUAGUGGGUCACCUCCAAACCAUAUUGGUCAGCUCCAAUGCAAGGUCAGACAUGGUCCUGGCUUUUACAACUGCAGUUUUAAAAUGGUGCCUGGUGAAGAUGGCAGUGAAGAUGUUGCAGUUGUCCACUUACCUGAAGAUGAUCAAGGUCUUGCAGCUGGGCAAUUUGCAGCCUUCUAUGAGGGUAAAACCUGCAUAGGUUCUGGUGUAAUUUUGGAGUCCUGGGAUGAUCAAGGAUUUCCUGUUUGUGCAAAGGCUCUUGAGAUUGCAAGAAUGGAAGAUAAAUCAAAGAUUGGAAAACCAGUUAAGAUCAAGGCAAAACCAGAAAUUUCUCCAGAAAAAUCUGUUCACAUUGACAACAAUGAACUUAAUAGAAGCUUGAUCAGUUCUUGAAUUCCUGUCAGAUAAAGGGGAACAUGCAUCUGACCGUUUGAGUUAAUUGGCUGCAAAAGCUAAGAGGGAAGUGGUUGCAUAUACUUUAAGGUUGCAUUUUUGGCAGUUGGAACCAGCCAUUGCAUCUUCCUAAUGCAAUGGAAUGUGUUCGGAGAAAUUCAUUGACUGUUCAGCCAUAGCAACCUCUCGUCUCAGAGCACUCUCAAGGUGAAGCUCUAUGUUUUGCCCGUACUUCUUCCGAGAUUUACCCUUUUUAUUGAUUAGCUCUUUGAUUUAGACUUGUUUCUCCCAUAUUGUUGUAUAUCACUGCUAUUAAUUUAUAAUGUGCUUUGGAAGCAAGCCUUUUGCCAUAAUUUGGAAAUGAAUUAUGGACAAUUUCAAGCAGUUAAAGAGUCUUGGAGUUUCCAUCUUCUCAUAGAGACAGGAAUUUUCACGAGUUUUGUGCAUAAUUGGCCUAAUAAAAAUAGCUUACCAUCAAGCCAUUUUUUUGUAUUACUGCAUUGUAAUUUUGGUUUGCCAAUCACACUCAUGACCUAUCAAUUACACCAAAGUUUAUGAGAGUGAAACCAAAUGCAACUCCAAAGUAUU